UUAUAUCAUCUCAUCUCAUCGAUAUCUAAAAAGUAAAUUCUUAGGUCGGACUUACCAAAAUGGUUUUUCUCAUAUUUGCUUCCUUCUUCUUCUUCGUCGUCGUCUUCCUCAAAUUCUCCCCCAAAUCAAGAAACCUCCCUCCAGGGCCAUGGAAGCUACCUCUCAUCGGAAACCUCUACAAUCUCGCCGGCGACCUCCCCCACCGCGCGCUGCAGCGAUUGUCCCUCAAAUACGGGCCGUUGAUGCACGUCCGCCUCGGCGAACUCUCCGCCGUCGUCGUCUCCUCCCCCGACGCCGCAAGAGAAGUAAUGCGAACUCACGACGUCAAAUUCGCUUCCAGGCCACGAAUUCUGGUGGCGGAAAUCAUGCUCUACGACUGCACCAGCAUCACUUUCAGCCCUCCGGGCGACUACUGGCGGCACCUCCGCAAGAUCUGCACGUCGGAGCUACUGUCGGCGAAGCGCGUCCAGUCGUUCCGGCCGCUGCGGGAGCAAGUUUUCUCCGAUCUCGCGAGGUGGACUGCUUCCGGCGAAGGAUCGCCGGUGAAUCUGUCGGAGAAGAUACUCUCGUCGACCUACGAAUUCACGACGCGGGCGGCGUUCGGAUCCAAAACGGACAAGAAGCAGCGGUUUCUGGAGAUACUGACGGAGGCUUUCGGGUACGCCGCCGGAUUCAAUAUUGCAGAACUGUUUCCUUCCAUCGGAGUUGUCCGAACCCUGAGUCCGGCGAGGAAGAGGAUGAUGGUUUUGCGCCGGGAAUUGGACGCCAUACUCGACGAGAUCAUCCACCAACACGAAGAAUCCGACAAUGAUAAAGAAGAUCUGGUCGACGUUCUUCUUAAGUAUCGCCACGAUUCCGAUUCCGGGCAAGAACUUGCUUUGACACCAGACAACAUCAAAGCUGUAAUCUUGGACGUAUUAGGCGCGGGAAGUGAGACGUCGGCGACAACGAUCGAUUGGGCGAUGGCGGAGAUGCUAAAAAAUCCCAUAGUCCUGGAAAAGGCCCAAGAAGAGGUCCGGCAGGUUUUCGACGAGCAAGGGGGCCUCAUCGACGAAUCGGGCAUUCCGGAACUCAAGUAUUUGAAGCUAAUUAUCAAAGAAACUUUGAGAUUGCAUGCGCCGGUGCCGCUAUUGCUGCCUAGGAAAUGCGACGAGGCGUGCGAGCUUAUGGGGUACGAGAUACCGGAGGACACGAAGAUCAUCGUGAAUACGUGGGCUAUAAACCGGGACCCCAAGUAUUGGCGCGACCCCGAGAGCUUUAAGCCGGAGAGAUUUCUCGACAGCCCGAUUGAUUACAAAGGCAGUAAUUUUGAGUACACCCCUUUUGGGUCCGGAAGAAGGAUAUGCCCCGGGAUUGUUUAUGGACUCGCCAAUGUCGAGACGCCGCUGGCAAUGUUGCUCUACCACUUCGACUGGAAAUUGCCCGACGGACUGAAACCGGAGGAGAUGGAUAUGGCGGAAAGGGCUGGCAUUACAGCUAGCCGAGCAAAGGAUUUGGUUGUUGUUCCCGUCGUUAAAAGGCCCUUACCGCCUGUCGUUAAAUGAUCGUACAUAUGACGGCUAAUACGACGGCUGUUACAUUGCUGAUAGGAUAUUAAUGUAAUAAGUGAAAGAGAUUUAUGGUGCGAAAGGGUUGAAAUAGGCACAAUACAAAUAAAUGACACGGUAGUAUGGGGUUGAACGUGUGACCAUAAAGUAAUAGGUUAAAAGCCUGAACCCCGUAAGGGGAUUCGGAUAUUCAGUAAUAUAUAUUUUUUGUUGGACGGAGAAAUAUUAUAUUUAGAUGACAUUGAUUUAAGUAUAUCAA